AUGGAGGGACGUGGAGGUCAAGACAACAUAAACAACAACUUACCUGUAAACCCUUUGGUUGACCUGACUCAGAAGGACUGGUGGUUCCAACAUUAUCAAGGCUGUGACAAAGAACCGCCAGCCGACGGUGACUACCUUGAACUACCAGCAGGAGGCUCGUUCACUGUUGAAAUUGCUACUAAUCGUGCUUUCACAACUUUUGGUCACAAUAAAAAUUUCAACGGAUAUUUUGGUGGUCCACAAGAACUCGAAUAUACCCCUUGGGGCUGUGUUUCCUACCCUAAUUUGCACACACCAAAUCAAACUUUAGCACCGGGAACAGUUUUUGCUAUCUCCUAUCAAAAUAGCAUCGAUAAAGUUACACCGGAAAACUUGGUUGUCUUCACUGUAAGAUACAAAACUCCCUGGCAAAGAGUAACGUCGUACGAUGUGCCAAAAGAUUUACCUUCCUGUCCUCCAGGCGGUUGUACAUGUGCAUGGGGGUGA